AAACCAAAGAAAAGAUGGCAUCAAAGACAGCAUUGUUCAUUUUGUUCGCUCUCUUCCUUUCAUGCAUAUUGUUGGUGAGCGUUCCUGGAGUUGAAGCGCAGUUGAUAAUUACAUGCAAGACAGCAGCUGAUUGUAAAUCGAAGCUUUUUUGUUCCAACGGAAGUCCGCAAUGUGUGGUCAGACAAUGCCAAUGUGCGAGCGUCAAACCAGUUAAACUGAUGAGGACAAAUACUAUGUCCAUCAAGACAAUCUUUGAUUGUGCUUCUCAUCAAUGGUCGAACAAUUUAUAUGCUUGCAUUGAAGGAAAAUGUACUUCUUUGCCUUUAUAACCAAAUUUCUAUUUUAAUUAAUUUAUCGUAAGUUUAAUAAAACACAAAAAAAAUCUCUUAUAUAAUUUUGCUCUCCUGUUUCCAAUAACAAGCAAUCGCAUACGAAUAUAUAAUUUCGUUUCUCACUAAUUCUUUGAAUAAGGUCCAAUUUACCUCUAUCCAAAAUUACAAAUGAAAAAACUACAGCACUAAGAGCUCAAAUGGUAUAUCAAAAGUGAUGCUAUAACAAAAAGUUCGUAAAAGUUAGAGAUAUGAUAUAUCAAAUUUUAAUUAAAUAUAUUGAAAUAUAUGUAUUUAUCCUAUUCAAAAAAAGUUAAACAUGAAAUUCUGAUAGGAAAAAGAUAUGAGUAAUGAAUGAUUUUUAAUAUCUAUAUUAUUAAAAUAGAACUCAUCAUUUCUUUCAUGUGUGAUAUUUUGAAUGGACCAUCCCUAGAAAAUUGUUUAUAUUUUUUUUUGUAUUUUCAUGAUAAAAUCCUAACAACCUAUUUAAUUGUCUUUUUAUUCCAUCAAAAUAUUAUACGAUAUGCCUAAUUCAUUUCUUCGCAUGUACCCGCAGUAGUAUUCAAAUAAUGCCCUUUGAACAUUCAUAUGUAAUCGAAGUUUAUCUUCAAUUAAUAAUUGAGAAAAUCCCAUAUAGAUUAUGAUCUGACUAUCAUUAAAUAAAUAAAACAAAACCUUAAUGAAUUAAUAUAAUAUAGCUAUAUAUAGACUUUCUAAUUUUGAUUUCAUGAGUUUCUUAAAAUAUAAUAUUCCAUCAAUAUAUAAUUAUAUUUGCAUAUAACCAUUUAUAAUCUACUUAAUAAUAAUAAUAAUUAAUUAUUCUAGAGUUUAUACUUGUAUAUGAUCUAAUUAAUAAUAAUAAUAAUAAUAACACUAUUGUAUUUGCAUAAUAAAUGUUAUUAUUAUUAAUUAUAUUAUACAUGUAUCAAUAUUUAUAUUGGUAUUUUGUUAACAAACAUGUAUUGAUAAAUAUAUAAUAUUUUAAAAUACAAUACUAUAGAUUCAACCAUAUACUGUUUUUAUAAUAAAUUGUUUAAUAUAUAUAUACUGUAGUGAUGAUUUUUUCAUGCAUGAUUUUUUAAUUUGGACCAUUCUAUAAAGUUUUAUCAACUUUUACAUGAAUUAAUUAUAAUAUUUUAUCUUUUUAUUUGAAUACAAAUAAAUAUUUUUUAACAUUUUAUAACUAAAAAAAAACCAAAAAGUAAUAGGUAAAAGUAAAUAUCUAAUUUCUCUUAAUAUUUGUGAACAACCUUAAACAUCAUAUAUUUGUAUUAAAAGGGAGUAUAAACUAAAAUAUUUAAAUAUCAAAAUAAAACCUCGCACGGUUGUGCGGAUCAAGAUCUAAUGUGUAAUUAAAUCCGCUUAAUUAAGAUGUCAUGUCAAAUAUACUAUUCACAUGUUUGUAUUCACAGUGUAAUUUGCAUAAACUAGAUUGGUUUUUGAAAUGUCAGUGUGUUAUAUACAUGCUGGUAAGUAAAACAAACAGAAAGUCUAUGAAGUCUCUUAAAAUAUGGCAUCGGAGUUUGAUAUCUCUAGGGAUCUCUCGGCCUGUAAAAUACUUGGGUCUGCCCCUGUUAUCUCGCAAGGCUCCGCGAAUGGUAUCGCUAUUUGAAAAAAAAAAAUGGAAAAUGCAUGCCUCCAAUUCUAGGGGGUGUAUUGGAACAAGAGUUUUGAGUGACUCUGGGGUUUUUGUUAAAAUCCUUUUUUAUUGAACUAAUGAUUUUAAAAAUUAUUUUCAAAUCAAGUGUUAUUCAACAUAGAACUUGAACAAAAUUAUUAAAAUCACUUGUAAUCCUCUGUUAUUUAAUUAAAAGUUUAUAAAAUCUAUAUAAAAUCCACUGUUAUUCAAUCAACACUAAAGAAUAUUUAGGAAAAAACUUUUGUGAUAUGGGAUUCUAGGAGAGUUUACAUACAUUUUUCGUUAAAAGCAGUUCCAAUAGAAUAACAUCACAUGGUAUUUGAAGAGUAUUGAAAAUAAUAAUAAAAAAUAAAACAUUCUACGAAAAAAUAAGAGUAUUUGAAGAGACGUCUUCUUGCUCGGAGCCAAAGAUCCGACUAGACGACUUCUGUCUCCAGAGGAAACCAGUCUUGGAGUUGUAAGUAAAAACUGGCAUUUUUGAAUUCAAAGCACCACUUGGUCGACGAUAUAUAUCUCUGUGAGCACGAAGAAGAAGAUUAAAUUCAGAUCACAACAUAAGUUACAUCAGUGUGAAAAUGCUUGAAGGAGAUUGAAGGAGUUCAUCCUCCUGAUUCUUCCUUUAAUUAAAAGAUCUUUGACCUAAAAUUCUCCACAAGAGAAUUCAUUCAACAAACCCAGAAAAAGCCAAGCUCACAUAUACAACGAAACUGCCGCAGAAUGUGAGACCCUCACGUCUCAUCCCAACUUCAAAAAUAUAUAAAAUAAGUUGAUCACAGUUUUGCAUGAGCGAGGUCAAUAAUACAUAUAUCUGCUCGAUUCAUUCAUCAGCAUUGAUUCAAAAGUCAGAGCUUUGAUGAAUAUACAAACUAAAGAACUAGAAUCUGCACAUUCACAAAAA